AUGUCUCUAUCAUUUUUUCGAUACGGCUCACGCCGUUAUCUAUCAGUUUUUAAAACACAAGCUUCAAAAAUUAGUUCAGCGGAUUCGGAUAAAAAAUCUCUUGCACCACAAACAAAAUUAUCGAAUGAAAAAAUUGUUAAAGUUUAUCAACAAGCAGAAGAUGUUGAUCAAAAACGUGUUACACUUCCUGUUAAUCGAGAUUUAUAUCCAGCAGAUACUCCAACACAUACUGGUCAAGUCUAUGAUCAUGAUGAUUAUCGAAAUGCUCGAUUUGUUAAUCGUGGAAAAUUGGUAAAUCCUCGAUUUGCAAUUGAUUUUAUUCGUGAUGAUCCUGUUGUUGUCUGUAAAGCUCGUGGUGUUUGGUCGGAUAGUGGUGGUCCUUUAGGUCAUCCUAAAGUGUACAUUAAUUUAGAUAAACCCAUAGUACACAAUUGUGGUUAUAGUGGUCGAAAAUUUAUACAACAAAAAUACUAUGAUGAAAGUAAACAUGGUCCAUCAAUUACAUAUGAAGAGUAUAUAGCAGACGUUCGAAAUAAAAAAGAUUUUGCUUAUGAUUCAGCAAAGGCGGUACCAUAUCAAUAA